AACAUCUGUCUCUGAGCUCUGCCUCAGAGAACAAGGCGUAGGUCGGCCAUUCAACUACGGAAGCGGAGACUAUCGUCAGGAUUCUCUUGUGGUGAUAUCGUAUAUCCGUGAGAAAGGACUAUUCGGUUUUCUCCCUUCACAUCCCUUUUUGCGGCUGUUUUCUACAUUUUUAGAGUAUUUCUUGGUGGACCACGUUACCUGGAAGUCCAGGGUUGCCAUGUCCAGGUCAGACUUCCCACCAAGCUAUGAUGACUCCCGGGCCCCUCUCUAUAAUGGCCAGGGAGGGAACUACCAGGCUCCCCCUUCUUACGGCUUCUCACCGUAUGGAAGUCAGCCCCAGCCCGGCCCUUACCCAGGAGCACCCAAUGCCCAGCCCUCUGCACCUUACCCUGGACAGCCUGGAGGGUACCCACAUGCUGGUCCUGUGCCAGGCCAGGGGUACCCACCCCAUGGGAUGCCUGCCAUGCCAAACAUAAUGCCUCCAGUCAUGCCCAGCACAGGAGACGUCGAGGGGUUCACCACAUCUGGAGGCUGGGAUGACAUCAGUGUUCGGCACAAGUUCAUUCGCAAAGUGUACAUGAUUCUGACUGCUCAGCUUCUUGUUACUGUUGGUAUUGUGGCAGUUUUCUGUUUUGUGCAACCAGUGAAGACAUUUGUCAUACGAAAUCCAGCUGUCUACUGGGCUUCCUAUGCUGUGUAUUUCAUCACACACAUAGUGCUUGUUUGCUGCUCAGGACCCAGGAGGCGUUUCCCAUGGAACUUGAUUCUCCUCAGCAUUUUUACUCUUGCUCUAUCUUACAUGGCAGGAACGAUAUCCAGUUACUAUAGCACAGAGUCUGUGUUCCUUGCAUUGGGAAUAACAGCUAUUGUGACCAUUGCUGUGACUGUAUUCUGCUUUCAGACCAAGGUGGACUUCACAAAAUGCCAGGGACUCUUCUGUGUCCUUGGAAUAGUCAUCUUUGUGACUGGAAUCAUCACAGCCAUUGUGCUCUCGUUUAAAUAUAUUCCAUGGCUUCACAUGUUGUAUGCGGCACUAGGAGCUAUUGUGUUCACACUGUUCCUGGCCUACCACACCCAGCUCCUGAUUGGUAACAGGAAACACUCUAUCAGCCCUGAGGAGUACGUCUUUGCUGCUCUCUCCAUCUACGUUGACAUUGUCCAGAUCUUCCUGUUCCUCCUACAACUCAUUGGGGCCGCGAACCGAUGAGUGUCUGAAAGGCUUUCAGCACAUAUUUAUACACCCAAUAUGUAUCUGUGCAUAGCACUUUCAGUAUAAAGCUACGCUAAUGAAAGCAUAUGAGAAUACACAUAUCAAUAUGAAACAACAUGGGAUACAUUUUUGCUGUUAUUCUGUAUCAUAUAUGCUAUGCUUUGUAUAUAUCGCAGAUAUAAAAAGGACACAGAUUUUUUUUUAAGUAAUCACAACCCAGAAUAUGCCCGUGCAAUAAAUGGGCAGUUGUCACAUAUUAAGUUUAAGUUUCAAUCACUGAGGAAUGGACACUUAUGGCACUCAUAAUAAAGUAAGAGACUUUAUCAGAAUAUAAAUAAGUAAAUCUGCCAUUUGUAACGCUGAUAUGUUAUAGAUCAGGAGAUACCUAAAUAUAGAUUUUUUUUUCUCACUGUAUUUAAUACUUCACUUAUUUGAAUAUAUAUGUUGACAAUCAAGACAUGUUUUAUGCACUGUGUUGCUGUUUUGUUACAUACAUGCUGUGUCCAGUCUACAUAGUUGGCAAUGGGUGUGCCAAACUUUUGCCUGUGUUCAUUAUUUUUCUACACAGAUGAAUUGCCUUUUUACUGGAAAAUCAAAGCAUAAAAUCUUGCCAUAAAAACAAGGAUUUAGCAAUCACACACUUCCCUUUGAAGGUGUAAAUCUGUAUUUCCAGGAAGGACAUUCACAGAACUUUAAGGUAACUAGGUACGUCUGCUUAGGAUGAGCUGCUGAUUUUCACUGCAAUUUUUUUCACCUCAUUGUUAAUAAAAAAAAAAAAAAUUGACU